UACACUUCAAUGCUGUCAUUUUCAUUCAGAAUUUCAAGUUCUUGGAUUGGUAAAGUUAUAAAAGAAGUGAUUUUGGCAAUUAAAAGACACAUGUUUUACGCACUACCACAUCCAACCAAGGAUGAUUUUUCAUCUAAUGCUAUUGAAUUUGGCAAGAAAUGGAAUUUUCCGAAUGUCAUGGGUUGUUUAGACGGAAAGCAUAUUCGCAUCAGAUGUCCAAGUAAAACUGGAUCGUUGUAUUAUAAUUAUAAAGAUUUUUUUUCGAUAGUUUUAUUCGCUCUCGUUGGCCCAACGUAUAAAUUCAUAGCGAUAGAUGUAGGAAGCUACGGACGUGAGGGUGACGCAGGCAUAUUUUCAAAGUGCGCGCUUGGUCGAGCUAUACAAAAUAAAGUUUUCGAUUCACCUCAGGCAACGAUGCUACCAGGUAGUGAUGUAGUGGCUCCAUAUGUCUUUCUUGGUGACGAAGCGUUCCCACUUCUGGAAAAUUUAGUGAAGCCGUAUCCUCGCAAUCAAAGUUCAAUUAAUCGACACAAAUCUAUCUUCAAUUAUAGACUGUCUAGGGCCCGACGAAUUGUUGAAAAUGCCUUUGGCAUAGUUUCGCAAAUUUUCCGAAUUUUUUUCACUCCAAUUCAUUUAAAAAUAAGUGUUGUAGAGGAUUUAGUGACGGUUGCAUGUAUUUUACACAAUUUAAUGAUAGAUGAGAAGGGAUCACUGGCUGACGUCUGUUUAGAAUCUGAUCCAAAUGAGUUGGUUCCGCUCUCUGAACAUAAUGAAGACGAAGACAUGACCAACCAAAUGGAACCAUCUACAUCUACAACAACAACAAAUACAAAGCGACCAUAUGUGCGCCUGGAAUUCUCUCUUGAGAAUGAAGAGAGGCUAAUUGAAUAUGUUAAAUUAAACCCAGCAAUAUACAAUCCAAAAGAUGCAAACUAUAAAAGCAGAACAUACCGCGACCACUUAUUUGGAGAAUUUGGCAAAACGAUCGAAAAAUCAGGAUUCGACUGUUAGAAGCGUUGGAUAAAUAUCAGAGAUUCGUAUAAUCGCAAUAAAGGAAAAAAAGCUGGGAACCGGAAGUGCUGCUCAAAUGAAAAUUCGACGCAAUGAGCUCAUGUCUUUUUUGAAUGAGGUGGUAACCGUAAAUAAUAGGACGACUACAAACAUUACUCAACGUGACAACGAGAGUGAUUUCGGCGAUGAAAAUGAUCCACAAAUUGUAGAUGAUGAAGAAACCGAUACCAUGCAACCAACAAAGAGACGUAGGAGUUCAUCAGUCGACUUACCACCAAUUAUC